CUAAUUCUUUUUCUUCCUAAACAUUCAGAGAGAGAGAGAGAGAGAGAGAGGGUGAGAGAGAGAUUUGGAGAUUCGUAUCGUCAUUUUUGUCGGGAGUUGGGGGUGUUCUUGCGCGGUUUCAAGGUUCUGAUAUGGCUUCAAGACCAGCUGUUCAACAGAAAAACAUGGCAUUCCCAGGAGAGGCAGUUGCCGCCGGUGGGAAGCAGAACAAAAAGGCCGAUGCCCAAGGAAGAAAUCGCCGGGCUCUAGGCGAUAUCGGUAACCUAGUCCCUACUGUUCGAGGAAUCGAUGCCAAGCAGAUCUCUCGCCCUGUCACAAGGGGUUUCUGUGCCCAAAUACUUGCCAAUGCACAAGGCGAAAACCAGAAGUUGCAGAAAGCGGUCCCAGAUGGAGCCAUUGCCGCAGCCCCAAAGGCCGCUCAGAGGAAAGUCACCGUAAAGCCGAAGCCCCAAACCGUGAUUGAAAUAAGUCCUGAUACUGAAGAAGACAAGGUCAAGAAGGAGAGGCCUGCCAACAAGAAGAAGCCAGAACAAGGGUACGCCAGGAAGAAGGCCCAAUCUCUUACUUCUGUCCUCACUGCUCGAAGCAAGGCUGCUUGCGGGUUAAUUGAGAAGCCAAAACUGGAUAUUGUGGAUAUUGAUGCUGCCGAUGUGGAAAACGAUUUGGCCGUCGUUGAAUACGUUGAAGAUAUAUACAAGUUCUACAAGCUCGCAGAGAAUGAAAUCAGAGUUCACGAUUACAUGGACUCGCAGCCGGAGAUCAACGACAAAAUGAGAUCCAUUCUGGUGGAUUGGCUGAUAGAAGUUCACCACAAGUUCGAGCUGAUGCCGGAGACUCUGUACCUGACCGUAAACAUCGUCGAUCGAUACCUCGCUUCGAAGGCGGUGUCGAGGAGGGAGCUACAGUUACUGGGCGUCGCCGCCAUGCUCAUCGCCUCCAAAUACGAAGAAAUUUGGGCCCCGGAAGUGAACGAUUUCGUCUGCAUCUCGGACAGAGCUUACACCAACGAACAGGUUCUGGUUAUGGAGAAAAACAUCCUGGGAAGGCUCGAAUGGAACCUUACUGUCCCCACACCUUACGUCUUCCUCGCCCGCUUCAUAAAAGCGUCGGUCCCUGAUCAGGACGUUGAAAACAUGGUGUAUUUUCUGGGGGAGCUGGGGAUUAUGGGCUACGACGCCAUAAUCUUCUGCCCGUCGAUGCUGGCCGCCUCGGCCGUGUACGCCGCUCGGUGCACCCUCAGCAAGAGCCCCCUCUGGAACGAGACGCUGAAGCUGCACACUGGCUUCUCAGAGCCACAGCUGAUGGACUGUGCCAAGCUUCUGGUUGGUUUCCACUCGGGAGCAGCAGAAAGCAAGCUCAAGGCCAUCUAUAGGAAGUACUCGAAGCCUGAGAAGGGCAGCGUUGCAUUGCUGCCACCGGCCAAAGCCCUUUUGGCUACAUCAUGAACAAGCAAGCAAUUAAGUGAUUUCCAGCCGAUCAUUGAACUGUAAUGAUUGGUUUUCAUGCUUCUUCAUUCGCCCAACGGAGUGCAUUAGGGUUGUUGGCACAUAAUUUUGUCUCCGGAAAGAAUUGACAUUGAUUUCUUACUCUCAUAUUUUGUACUUAGAGUGAGUUACGUUACCCGUGGAUUAUCACUAAGAUAAAGCUAUAAACAUAUAUUCUAAUGACACCAUAUGACAUAUGAUAUGAUAAAAAUUUCAUGGGA